GCUGUUGAGCGCUUCCGGGUUGUGGCACGUUGCCCUGGACUCUUUCAGAUCAGAGAAGGUCAUAAAUCCGCUAAUCCGAGCAGGGCUCAAGUGAAACAUGUCAGAUUUUAAUGAUUUUUCAUCCGCCAGCGUUUCUGAGAAGGCAGAGGCCUCAGAAUUACAAAGGAUGAUUGCAGUCGAGCAGCAGAAAGCGCAGUUCCAGGCUCAGGUUCACAAUUUCACGGAUGUGUGCUGGGAGAAGUGUGUGGACAAGCCCAGCUCCAAGCUGGACUCCAGGACCGAGGGCUGCCUGGUGAGCUGUGUGGAGCGCUUCAUCGACACGACGCUGACCAUCACCAACCGCUUCACACAGAUGGUGCAGAAAGGGGCGCACUAGGACAACGAGGAGGAGCCGGACUGGCGGAACGACCACCGCUUUAAUGGGGAGGCACGUCGCUCACAAGGGACUUGGAAGAUUUGUGUUUAAAAAAAAAAAAAAAAAAAAAAAAAACAACUGAAACUGUUUUUUUUUUUUUUUUUUUUUUUUUUUUGUAAUUUUAUGAGUUCCUAUCAUUUUGUCCUGUUACUAAUUAUGUGACUUAACAACGCUCUCUGUGAAAAUAAAAUU